AUGUCUAACUGCUUCGAGAACUACCCUGGAAUCAUGAAGCCAACCAACACAACUGCCCAGCCUUCCACGAUGCAGACGUUCAUCGCAAAGAACCCGGACAACACGCGUAGCCUCCUCAAGAAUUUCACACCGGAGAAGGACAACAACAUCAAAUACAGUGAUGCGUUCCAAUUGCGUCACGGGGCCAUGUACCAGGAUUCGAAACGCAAGGGUUUCGAUUGCAUCAGGGAGCACGGAUCGAAUGCCAACAUGGAUAACAAGGCCUUAGAGUUCGCGGAGAUGGCGUGCGACAGCCCAGAUACUCCGAUCUACGGUUGGCGAAAGGCACUCGUUGAACGUUCGUGUCUCGACCGCGGGAAAUCAACGGCAGCUGCCCGCAAGCAGUCGUUCAAGCACCUCGCGAUGUGGCACGUCAGGAGGUGGUUCUUGAUGUGCGUGCUUUCGCCGAUCCUGGGUCUGUGGUGGAGACAUGCGCUCAUUUUCAUUGGCGAAUCUGGCUUCGGACAGAGUCGGGUGGCAAAGCUAUUGACCAGGUUGUUUUCCAUGUGGCACGCCGAGAACGAUGGCAUGGGCGAGGAACCCGGCUUCCGCUUGUGCAAUUCCUUCGAACACCUCCGACACGAAGUGGGCAGGCGGGAUGUAUCGGAAGUGUUCGACGACAGCGACUUGGAGCAGCGGGACCAGGCCAAGCUCAAGGCUUUCCAUGACAACACGGAGCAAGAGAACCGCACGGUGAUCACUGCGAACACCGCCUGCGACGAGAACGCCCUGCCGUCGGAUGCCGACCUGGCGUGCUGCUGGCCCGUUGCCACGGCGCAGCAAUUCUACGACGCGGUCCGCCCGUCGUUCCACCCAAACCUCUCCAAGAAGAACUGGAUGGCCCUCUUCAAAAGGUCCAGCAUCGUUCUGUUCGACAAGAGGGGCGUGCUCUGCAGACCUGCUGGCAUCGAGGACAAACCAGUCCCCUUCGUGGCCUACCAGAUCGAGGGGAAGCCAGACAUUCUGACCGACGAGUGCAAGCAACACUACG